AUAAAUACAAAGAAUAUCAGUGGAUUGGACUAAAUGACAGAACCAUUGAGGGAGACUUCCACUGGUCUGAUGGAAACCCUCUGCUUUACGAGAACUGGAACAAAGCUCAGCCUGACAGCUACUUCCUGUCGGGGGAGGACUGCGCAGUGAUGGUUUGGCACGACGGUGGCCAAUGGAGCGAUGUCCCGUGCAACUACCACCUGUCUUACACCUGCAAGAAGGGCGUCACCUCCUGUGGAGAGCCCCCUCGGGUUCUCCAUGCUCAGGUGUACGGGAAGAAGCGGCUGCGUUAUGAAACCAACAGCAGAGUGAGGUACUACUGCGAGGAGGGCUUUGUGCAGAAACUCAAUCCUGUUAUUAAAUGCCUGCCUGGUGGCAAGUGGGAGGAGCCUCUGACCAUCUGCAUGCCAA